CGUAAAAGGAAAUAAAAAAUGUAUAUCAAACAAGUUGUAAUAGCAUGGCUCAUCAUUAUACCGCAUGAUGGUACCUAUGGUUUUGGAUACAGUAAGAAAGAACAACAUUUGUGGCCGCAGAAGUACAAAUCAUGCGCAGGAAAACUACAAUCACCAGUGGCUAUAUCCACAUCAAAAGCGAUUGUUUUACCAUUUCCAGCUCUUGAAAUGAUUGGCUAUCAUGACUUUCUUCCAACGCCGCAGAUAUUAAUGAAUAGCGGGCAAACUGUCAAACUUACUGUGCACAAAAAUGUGACAUAUGGAAGAUUGCCAUAUAUAUUCGGAGCCAUACUGAAACAAAAUCAACAAUAUGAGAUGGAACAAUUGCACUUUCAUUGGGGCAUAAAAAAUAAUAGAGGUGCUGAACAUGUAUUAAACGGUGUAAGAUAUCCUAUGGAAAUGCAUAUUGUACAUCGUAAUAUGGCAUAUCCCGAUAUUUCGCAUGCCUUGCAGCAUGAGGAUGGUAUCGCCGUAGUAGCUGUUUUUUUUCAGCUGCAAGAGGAAGAUAAUGAACUUCUUCAAUCUUUCAUAAAUAAGCUACCAGAUGUACAAUGGGCAAAUACAGAGCUGUUGAUCAACAUGUCUUUUGCUUUAGCAUCCUUUAUACCGUUAAACACUGAUAUCUUUUACACAUACAAAGGAUCUCUCACGACACCACCUUGUAGCGAAGUAGUUAUCUGGAUAAUUUUUGCUAUUCCAGUUCCGAUAUCUUUCCGUCAGAUGAACAUGUUCCGGAAACUCUCAAAUGGUGAGGAAAUAUUGGGCGAUAAUUAUAGAUUAUUGCAAGAUAUUGGCCAACGUAAGAUAUAUACUAGAAGAUUAAACCCCUCACUCUCGACGAAUAAUUUGCAAUUAAAUAUUGCAAACUUAAGUUGGUUUUGGUCGUAAUAUAUUAAUCGAUAAUCAUGUACUUUUUUCGAUUUUUGUGUUUUUUACUUGUAACUAUAAAAAGUAAAUAUAAAAAGUUUGUUGCCACGAAA